AUGUUUCUUGAUAGCAUACUCAGCAUGCUGGCAUCGGCCGUCCCUCUCUUUUUCAUCAUCUUCGACACACCACCGCCAUGGGCUCAAUCCAUCCUUACAUUUCAAUAUCGACUGCCCCACUAUGCGCCUCCAAAGACCCUGCCAGAAGGAUCUCUCAAGAUAUCUCAAGGCAUAGUCUUUCUCAAUACCUCUGCAUCCCAAGAAUGGACCCAAGAUACGGUAACAUACUCGGAUGAACGACUUGGACCUGUGGUGGAGGCGUUCGUGGAGAUUGUGUCCUGCUUUACGCCUGGAUUUGCGACUCUUCUUGGACUGGGAAUAAUGGGGCUCAUUGGCUCAACGUGUUUUGCACACGACAACUCGGUUUCCUUGGACGACCUCCCCUCUCGCUAUCUUACCCUCACACUCCCUGGUGAUCAGUCCGACGACUCUACCGCGGGACCUUCGGGUUCGGAAGACUACGCGUCCCAUCCCUGGACGGACCCUCGCUUUGAAAAUCUUAGCGACAUUGCCGAAGUCACGGAACCCUCGGACGUGUCUGCAACCAGUACUCCUCAAACGCGCUGGUUUUCGGGCGUUGGUUCACGAGUUCAAAGCUCGGACAGCAGCGGCCACAUGUCUCGGUCCCCCUUGUUGCGGUGGUCGACGUUGCGCCCAGAGUCGAAGCUCAGAUCGCCCCCUACUCUGGACUCUUCUCCCCUAUUCCUUCACCGCGACCAGACGCCCGAAGUUGAUUCAGACGGAUCAAGCAUUGGACUUGGCUUUCUACAGCUCGGUGCAACGCCAUGCUCACCUCAGGAACGCGAAACAAACACAGCACCCGCUUCCGAAGAUUGCUGUGCGGGCUCCGAUAUGCUUGCUACAUGCGGCCCGGCUUGUGGAGAUUCUGCGUCUACUGUUGAGCAACGCUUGUCCGUCUCUUCGGCUCCUGCUCCUGCUCCUUCAAGAGUCUCUGUCUCUUCGACUGGUGACGAAACUUUUGCUCUCUCGGCCAAUGCUAUCUCUAGCUCUGCCUCUGCCUUUGCUGCGGUAUCUAGUGACCCACCUGUCGUUUCUUCGUAUCCAGAAGGCGUUUUCACUCGGACCUCACCACCGCCGACAAUCGACCAUGACGAGCAAGGCAGAUGUCAAGGCGACUCCGAUCAUGCCUCUUCGUCCACCGUCCGUGUAGCGGGUGUCUUCAACGAGGCUGUUGUCUCUGCAUCCACUCCUACUCUACAAGUGAAAUCAUCUCGACGGUCGUCAUGGGUGCUCGUUCAACGUACAGGGCUGGUGGGACAGCACUUCUCGCUUAAACCCGAGGGCAUCGAGAAGUCACUGUCGAUGAUCAACGAUUCCGCCAGACCCAGCAGGUCAAGGCGGCACUCAAGUUUUGACCGGCGCAGCAUGGAAAAUCUCGCUGCACUCGCAGCAGAGCAGUAUAGCGAGAAUAUUGGCCCUCGACGCGAGCUGCGCGAGAUCUCCGUUGAACUAAGCGCUAGCCUCCCGCCGCUUCGCGCGCGCCUCGACCGCGACAUCAUCGACAGUGCCGUCUGCCCUCCGCUCGGCGAUGACCUCCAGAUCCGUCGCCCACUCUCCGAGGUCGGCCGGAACAGGCGUGGGGUAGACGCACGCCCGACUACCCACGUUGCGCUUGAGCGCAGCUUCGCAGCGGUCGUCAGAGGGCGGACGCAAAGCGCCCCUCAGGUCAUCCCGACAUCUCCGGCUCUGCCUCCGCUUCCAAGCGCACCUCGUCUGUCCGAAGAUUCCCGCAAUGGCAAGGGUUUGGCUGCGAGAGGUCGUCCGACUUACGCAGAGGUAGCCGCGCGUUCUACGCUUACUACUCUCCCCACCAGGAGACGCGCAUUCUCCGAGAAGCCAAUAUCAACCUCCAUGAUGCAGCCUCGCGAGCGUCGUGCGGCCUCGGUGCAUCGCGCACCCUCCUCUAGCAUCGGGCGGGGCAAAGCCAUCGACAACGAUGACAGCGAGCGUCGGCGCGCUCAAUCUGCCCUCAGCCGCGGCAGUCUGCUGUCGGUCACCACGAACAUUCGUCUCCAAGACCUCGCAGAUGCGGCACGGCAAAAGCGCCUUCGCCAACUAUCGGCUUCGUCUUCAUCAGUUGUUAGCCUGACCAGUGCCGACGCGCUGGAAGGCGAAUCCAGCUUACGCAUACGGGAACGUUCUCCUUCAAGUUUUGUCCCCCUACCUCUGAAGAUGCCUCGUAUCCCCUACGAAGAUCAACGGGUGCCCAAGUUCUACGCUUUUCAUGCGCAAAAAACUUUGCCUGCACCUCGGUCAUCCCCCUUUCCGUCCGUCUCCACUUCCCCACCCCGUAUUGAGACGUUCACUGACUUGGACAUCAGCACCCAAGUCGUGGAACCGGCCAUCCAGGGAGAUACAACAGUGAAGCUGAACUUCUCGGGGAAGACUGCCUACUCGCCCUUGUCGCCCGUCUGGAAGCUACCUGGAAGAGACGUGUGCAGCGUCGGCGGAUUCUCGUCGUUCGUUGUCAGCCCAGAAGGCAGGAGCGCCUCGCCCGCCCCUGUCCCAGCGCCGACCCAACCCAGCCUGGAGCGGCCCCGAGUGUGUCUCAGUGGAGGGCGAUUUGACGUGCUUCAGGCAGACGUGCAGAUAGAGUGA